UAAAUUGAUUUUAAAGGCAGACAUGAUCGGGAGACAGUGAAAAACGCUCACAACAGCGGGUCGUGUGAAACCCGGCGGUAUUACCCAAUAUAAUGAAAUCACUGUAAAAAUUUUACCGAGUAGGCGAGCCCAAUCUGUGUCACAACGGAAAACCCGAAAGAAAAAAAACAUUAGAGAUCAACCAAGAAAUUCUAUAGAUCCAUUGAUUCAUGGAACCAAGUGUACCGUAUCCCGUCUCAGGAGUUAAUCGUGUGUAGAGAGGCAUGGACUUCCUCGCAAGUAUCAUCAAAAGGCCAAAAAGCAUCGCUACCACUGGCAUCACCACCAAUCAACCAAUGACAAUGGAAGCCUUAAAAGAUGAUAGUCCCGCUGAUAAUUACUCUACACCAAGGGAUAAAGAAGGACUUUCACUUGUAUCCCAGGACCUGGACACGUUAGUACAGUCCGCCUCUGAGAGUCCGCAACUGAAGGAACCGCACUGUAAUCUAAUUAAGGAACCUAUCUCGAACCCACUCCCAGCAACCGAGGACAUCAGUUGUAGUAGAGAAACAAUACAGACAUUUUUAAGCGAAAUAAACUUCAAUCUGAACCAAGUUAGUGAUAACGAAAUGGAGCACUUGCAAGCCAUGAGCGGCGAGCUGAGUCCACUGGCGGUGAAGCCCAGUCCCAAGCCGACGAGCAUGGAGCAACAGAAGGCAAUGGCUGCAGCUCUGGGACAUCAGGCGGCAGUAGCCGGUAGCCUUCAGCUAGACGCAAUUAAGGUUCCAAAAUUUGGAGGUCUUCCCGAGUUCGAUGAAAUGCAAAUACCGGAACUGUCUCCUUUAAGUACCGAUAUAGACACUCAAUUGAAAUGCAAACAUUCGGAUUCGGAUGUUUUUGUCGAGUGCUUAUCGCUUCAUAGCGAGCGAUAUACAGGAGAUCGAUCGGAGCUAGAGGCCUAUUCAAGUGCCCUUAAUGAUGUUUUGGAGCAGCAGCUGUCCAUGACCUCAGCUUCUACACUGGAAGCUGAUUUCAAAGAUCCUUUGGCGGUUAGCCAGCACAACAACGUCAGCUAUGAAGCCAUGGAUGUGGAUGACAUAAACGAAACUAUGGAAAUGUUAAAGGACGUUUUGGACCCGGAAGACCAUCAGCUUAUGCAAACGCAUAUUCUCAGCGUAUCGCAGCCGAAAACGGAGAAUAUUUCUGUGCAGUAUAAUCAAAAUCAGGAGCAAAAGAGAAUAGAACAAGACCAGUUAGCUAAAUACCCGGAAUCCAAUAGUGAUGCAACGGAGCCAUCAUUAUUAGAAUCAGUAUUCCCUGAUGAGCCUCUUACACCACUUCAUGAACCGAAUCUUAACUUAACUGCCUUAGACUACACGAAAGAGCUAGCUAAGCAUCGUGAUGAAAAUCAAAAGGAUACAAAAAAAGAACCUCAGAAAGAGGACCACCAACCGAUUUGUAGUGCGCAGAUGGAGAACGCAAAUUCUGAGGAGCCCUUAAAUCUCAAUGAGGCAACAGAACCCUACACAAAUCCAGCAAAAACUCCAAAAUGCCUUAAUCAAGAGAUGCCAUUUGCAGUGGCAGUAGAAUCAAUGGAAAAAACAUUCACUCCCAUCAGCCAUGAGCAAAAUGCGUCCCCAGCUAUGGAGGCAACUGAAGACAGGACUGUGACGGAGCUUGAGCACAUGGAAGUGGAUGACUUUAUGAGAGUGAGUGAGGCUAUAGUGCUUACCUCAUCUCGGCAGGAGCAGGUUAAUGCUCAUUCACCCGUUUCAAGAAAAUCUUGUUUAAACCUCUGCGGGAAAAAUGAUAUGGACUUUCAAGAUAAUAAAAUGGAUCAUAAGACUGCAGGCCUGGAAAGUCAAUUGAAGAUGACUGAAAUAGAGCUACCAGCAGCACAGAUAUCAACGCCCAUACCGAAACUUCAAACCAAAAGCAAGGAACUGCCCCUUUCUCCGCCCAUACCUACACAUCGCCCAAAGGCAGCGGAAGAACUAGAGUUCCGGACUCUGAAGGAGUUGCCCUUGCCUGAUGAUGUUUCGUCGGGAGGUAAGGUGGGAGUAAAGCAGAUUUCACACGGCCGCGCGCCCUUUGUGGCAGUCACACCAACGCAGCUGCGAUCCAUGACACAUAAUUCCUUGGAUCUAGAUGGAAAAACAACCUCUGCAAUCUCUCCAGAACCCACUUCGCCUAGUUUCCCUAUCAGAGGACCCGCUGAAACACAGUCUCAUUUUCCACGCUCACCCCGUGCUCCGCUCGAGCAAAAAGACAUGCCCUAUUUGGAAGAAGCUGUGGUAGAACCUUCUUCAGAUCGCAAGCAAAGCGUCUUCGGAGCUGGUGUCAUCGAAAAGUCCGCAAUUGACUUUCAGUUAACACAACCGAGUCCACAGAAGCAGAACCUCAACGAAACCUUACCCAUGAGCGAGAUUUCUCCCACUUUCUCAAAUAUGGCCUUUGACAGCGAAAACAUUUCGGAGAACAAGCCACAAAACGAUACAGACACAUUCGCCGUAAGUCUGGGAUCGGUCGAUAAUAAACAGCGCCGUACUUUCUCGGUGAUUCAGUCUCCGACGGAAGAGGAGGAGUCCAAAUCGCGAAGGAUUUUUUGCAUGGAAAAGGAGAACCCACGCCACACCUUCUGCAUUCAGCAUAAGGCUUCUCCAGCAGUGGAGGCUACCGAAGAUACCGGAGCUGAUGACGUUAUGGAUGUAGAUGUCUCCAUGAGGGCAUAUGAUGUAGCCUUAUUGAAGUCGCCUCAGCAAACUUGGAAGGAACCCCAAGCACCAAUUUCAAAUUCACCGCCUAUUCCUUCCCACCAACAUUUAAAGAGACCCCCUAUCCAUGAGACGAAUUCCCCGUUGUCACCCUUGCGAAAUGGUACCGUUGCGUUGGAGGAGCAGUCUCUUUCCGCCAAAGAGCAAGCCACGCUAAGCGCCAGUGAUGAGAAGGACGAUGUUUUCUUAGAACACUUUGGCGCCAUUUCGCCAGUUUCGGAUGACAUGUUCAAGACCAUAAGUGGUUCCAACAAUCAAGAAAAGAUUAGGGUCAAUGCUAAUAGGGAAAUCGAAGGAAAACCCGCUCCUGCGUUGAGCAAACAGAGGGGUGGUGCACCUGGCGAGCAGGAGGCGAUCAUUGAUGCCGAAUUCCACGACGGCGCCAGCAACCAAAACCUAAUACUGAAAUCAUCAGAUUUUGAUUAUUUGUACACGAAAGGCAGCAAUAAUGCGCCUAUCGACCGCAGUUCGCUGCUGCUGAAGUUUGAUCCCCUCCUUGGAGCCCCUGUUCCCGUUAAUCAUCCGAAUCAGCAGGAGCAGGCGCUGCAGAAUAUUCUUGGAUCGAACCAGUAUCAAAACCGAGUUCUUAGCCCAACAUUGGAGGAGCACGAAACAAGUGACGGGAACCAUUCUUUUGGAUUAAUAUCGAGUUGCAAAGAUACAUCAGUGAAAUGGGAUUGUAAGCCACCUGUGGAUACGUCAAAAAAGCAUGUUAAAAUGAGUGUAGACGUCAUUGAUAACGAUUGCAACAAAACCUUCGAUAAUUCCAACGCUAAUACGGAGGACAAAACGCACAACUACAACAACAUGGAUGAACUGGAGAAGAAAAUCAAAAAUGAAGUAACGAGGUCCGAAGACAUUGAAAAGAAGCUCAAAGAGGGAGAGCAGCGCGAGGAAGCACUGAUCAAGCGUAUUACAGAAAAGGACAAAACAAAUGCAAAACUAAACGGUGUCAUCGAGGCAUAUGAGAAGGCAAUUGCGGAGCUUAUUAGUGAGAAGGAGCAACAGGCGCAGCUCCACGAGCGGCAGUUGCAAGAAGUCCAGGCUGACCGGGACGCCAAUUACCAUCACUUAACGUCACUGGAGACAACAUUUUCCGAUCUGCAUGUAAAAUAUGAAAAAAGCAAAGAGAUGACCUCGCAGCUUAAAAGCAACGAAGAAUCGCUUCUGGCGGAGCGGAAGCAGAUAAUGGACAAUCUGCGGUUGCAGGAACAGCGCUACGACAAGAUGAAAAACCAUGCCAUGCAGCAGCUGGAAAUUGCAAACAAAAAGCUGGACACCUACGCGAGGGAGCAUGCCGACGAAACGAAAAAACUUAAAGCUUUACUUAAGAAGGAGGAGAUUUCUCGGGUUUCGAUGACGGAGCAGCUGCAACAAAAAUCACGCGAAAACGCCGAUCUGCUCAAGAUAUGCGAAGAGCUUAUCUAUGGCAAGGGACAAGGUGGUAGUAGUUAAACACAACUCGCGGAUUGCCCGGAAUGUAAUUUAUAUGUUGUAAAAUCGAACGCACCCUCAUCACAACACUCAUUUGGCUCCCCUUGGCUUUCUCGCUAGCAGCAUGUCCGUAAAUCAGUUACUGCGCCACAAUCGUCGUCAUCUCCAUUUUUGUAAUGGUGUUAUAACCACUAGGUUGCGUAGUCUUCACUGAUUUAGAAAAUGCAUAUGCACAAUUGUAUAAUUUGCCAACUCCAUUUAUAUUGAAUUUCAAGAUUUACACCUAACGUUUCGACGCAUAUUAUAUGUUUUCUAGAUUUUUAGUUGACCCGAAAACACUCACACAAAUCGCAGGCAGAUCAAUUGUUCCAUUUGAGUUUCGCUCGUCUUACGGGUCUAGUUGCCCGGCAUAUGUUACUAUUUCUGUAUCGUAUCGAAUCUGCCCCCUGAUUUACGUUCUAUGAUAUUACUUGGCGGUGAACUGUGCCGGAAAACUGGUGUUUAGCAAUUGGGCAGAGAAGCAGAAUGCUAGUGUGCAGCGGCAGCUUGAGGCGCGCUUUUAUAAUAUGUUUAAAAGUACACUUAGUUUAUUAAAUGAAAAAUUUGUAAUAGUUGUAUUAAAAAUAUCUCCGUAAUACAUAGUAGUACUAAAACAAGAAAUCGUAAAAAACUUAAAGAGAACAUUUUAAAUAUACGAAAAAAUUUAUUUAUGCAUAAUACAACACAUUGGUUUGCUUUGUUCAACAUGAAAUUCUUAGUUUGACGAAGAAGUUGCCUUACAAAAAACAGGUAGUGAGACCGAACCGAUAUGACCCCACAUUUUAUAAGUUGAGAUGUUUCAAGCAAAUCUCUUCUUCUAAAAUUUACAUUCUAUGAAAGUUAAUCUACACAACGGUUAAAAAAUUUAACAAUGUUUAAUUUAUCAACAAUAUUGGAAAAGACAGAAAUCGAUUUAAACAUGGGAGCUAUGAAAUUCUUGGCACUUUUCAUAUAGUAAGAACACAACCCAACACAACGCCAGUGAACUCGUACAGAAGUUUUAAUAAAUUGAACUUCCAAGUAAGAAAAUUAUUGUAAUCUAAGAAUUAACAUUAACUUGUUUAUUAUCAAGUGGAAAGUGAAAAAAAACGAACUAGAAUUGUAUACAAAUUUGUACCCAGUCCAUGUAAUUUGAUAAACGCUACUUCAUAUUAACAUCAUACAUAUAUUUUUCUAAAGUAGUUACCACGGAUAAAACACUUGCGCUUUUAGGGAAAGUUUUCGAGAACAGAACUGGAAUAACUGUUGUAGUUUGACAUUUGAAAAAGAAUGAGUUAUAUAUUAAUGCGCUGUAAAAACACAAAUACUCGUAGUAUUACAACAUGCCAGCACAUCUGAACCUCCGAUGUGCUAAGCCAGCAUGUGAUGUACGUAGAGGUGAUUGAUUGAGAUGCAUUCAGUGAAUAAAAUAUUUAAUUGCAUUAAAACCGAA